GUGCUCAGUUAGGUAUUUUUGUGAACAUAAACAACAAUGUCGGGUUGUUCUGAUUAAUCAUUUUUAAUAUAUAAGGAAAAUUUUCUUAUGUUUGUUGAAUGUACAUUUUUGUAUUAGUAAGAUUUUGAAUAAUAAAUAUUUCCACCAUGUCAUGUAAUAUCGUAAGUGUGGAUGAGAGAAGUGUCGUCGAAAACGGAUUCGAAGAUUACUUUAACAUACCCGAAAUGAUGUCGGCUCCCAAUACUACUAAAGAGUGGUCAUACACUAUGCGACGAAGCAUGCAGGAAGUAGCUCCUCAUUUAUACCUUGGGCCUUAUAGUUCAGCAAGUCGUUCUCAGUUACAAGCAUUGAAAGAAAUAGGUAUCACACACAUUAUUUGUGUGAGACAAGACAUUGAGAGUCAAUUUAUUAAGCCAAAUUUUCCUAACGAAUUCGAAUACUUAGUUCUUAACAUUGCUGAUACAGUUACGGAAAACAUAAUUCAACAUUUUCGAAAUGUAAAAGAUUUUAUCAACAGAGCAUUAGCUUCUGGAGGACGAGUUUUGGUGCAUGGAAAUGCCGGUAUUUCACGAUCGGCAGCAUUAGUACUUGGAUAUGUUAUGGAAAAAUAUAAUUGUACACCUAGUCAAGCUUACGUACUAGUACAAAACAGAAGAUUCUGUAUCAAUCCCAACGACGGUUUUAUGGCUCAGUUACGUGAGUACGAGCCUAUUUAUAAAGCACAAAGUAUGGAGAUCGGUCAUCAUAACGUAAUUUCUGAAAACCGUUGCAAAAGAACGAUUCAUCAGAUCGAUGAGCGAGUUGAAGCUAUGGAGAGUUGAUUAUUGUUUAUAAAACUACCAAAGUUACCAAAAGACUUAUUAUACUAGAAUCUAGAUAUUAAUUUAUGUUUUUUCUUAACUUUUAUAAAUUUUAUAUUUUAAUUCAUUAGAUAUUAAUAAUCAACUUCAUUUAAUUCGAUAAUGAAACUUUAGCAACAUAAAAGUAUUAUUAUUACGUAAAAAUAUGUAAAGAUGUUGUAACAUAGAGUUUCGAAUAUCAAAACAAUAAGAUUAGGAUUUUAGAGACUUGAAGGCUUGAAAACUAAAAGCGAUUAAUUAAAUUUUACAGUAAUUUUUAUUUCAAUUAAAUUUCAUUUUUAUUGUCAAAUCUCGAUAAUCUUGAUGAAAUAUUCAGAUAAGAUGAUAUUGAUAAAUUUAUUUAUUCAUAUGGCUUAAAUCGAUAAUACAAUUAUCGACAAAAUUUUAAUUAGUAAACCGAAAAUUAAUUCAAAUUCUUCUCGUUCUGUGGAUUUUUUAUUUUUUUUAGUAAUUCGUAUUGUAUAAUUAACUUAUGUGGGUUAAAAAUUUCUUAUUAUAUAUGAAGCGGAUAAGAGUCUUUGAUGUAAUUAAAUCAUUAUUAGUUUAUAAAAUAUCUCUUAAGAUGACAAAUUUAUCAUAACUUACGACAAUAUCUGCAGCCGACUAUCAAUAACAUUGAAUGUGACGAUUUUGUGAGUUUUCAAGAACGAUGUGGUAUUUUGCGUUUGUAUGAUAUUGUAUGCCUAAUUUUGGAAUUCAAAAUACUUUAAUUGAAUUAAAACGUUUAAAGUAAUUGUAAUCUGAUUGAAGAAACUAUAAUAAAAAUGCCAAGG